UGCCAUUUAGUUGUUUUAAUGUAAAUAGUUGUUAAGGGCAAAGGAGAUGGUUUUAAUAAUGGUGGAGGAAAAGAUGUGAUAAAAGGAGGCAAGUAUAUAGGAGGUGUGAAAAUUGGAGAGGAAAAUGAAAGAAAAAAACAGAAAUAUGGUUGCCAUUUCAUUAUACAGAGGGAAUCUUCACCGAACACCCGAUGUGCCUCGUCGAUGGCUAAUGCCAAACCCUAAAAUCUCUCUCAAAGAUUUCAAAUCCCUUUUAGCUCGUCGUUCAAAGGCACUCUCUCGUUCUCAACCCAACCCUAACCCUAACCCUAACCUUCUAUCCACCACCACCACAAACCAUAAACAACUUCAACUUUCUAAUCAACCGCCGGAACUCGUUGAUUCCAACAAACCGCUUCAUGGAUCCGAUUUCGAGAUUGAUGCUUUCGACAAACCAUCUGACGCUGCUGCAACUUCCAUCGACAAACAUACCCACCCUGUUAUUGCAAAUGUGGAUCUGCAUCAUGAUAAAGACAAAAGGAAAAAGGAAGUUGAGGACAAGUUACAAGUUUUGAAUGCCAAGAAACAUAGUCUGGUGUUAGUUUUGAAGCAGAUUUUAAAUGCAGAGGAGGAUUUAAAGAGACGGAAUAGUUUGCAACAGCAAGGGGUUGUGAUGACGCGCGGCCCUUCUGUUCCACCUAAAGCUGAUGGGACCAAUGAUACUGGUUCAGUUACCAAAUAUUUGGCUCUGAGGUUGGGCUCUGAGGGAAAUCUUGGUGACCUCGAUGGUGUUGAAGCCGAUGAUUUUACUAAUCAUAAUAAUCAGCAUUCUCAACUUGUUCUUCGGACCAGUAGCAUGUCUCCUUCAUCAGAAUCCCCUCUUAGGAGGACUCCUAGUGUACAACAGAACAUGAUUGAACCAUGUUCAACUAGCAUGAGUCCAGGUCAAUCUGGGAAGGAGUACCCCAAUUAUGUUUCAAACCCUGCUCGGGCAAGUUUCACAUCUGCUGGUAGUCCAUCAUGCUUUGCUCACUCAGGACAGCAGGGGAAUCCACCAAACCUACCUUCCGCCUCUGUGUCAGGAACUAGUUACAUUGCAUCAUCCCCUUCUCCAGCCGCAUCUGGAGGUACUUCUGUUUAUAGAGAUGCUCAGCACCCAAGUCCAUGGAAAUAGAACUGUUUUCUUGUAACAAUGUCAAUGAACUAAUGUUGUUGAUUUCUGUACACUCUGGUUGCUGCACAUAAUGAUCAGAACGCGCUAUACUAGCUGUCUCUUAUGUACUGAAAAAUCUGUAUAUUGUUUUUGCUGGGGUACAUUUUAUGACUAAAAGUUAUUAUAUACUAAGUUUUGCAACACUAAUAAUUUAGGCUGUAUAACAGCAGGUCGAAGCUGUAAAUUUUGAAUACUGAUAGAAGCAUCAAAAUAUCCAAAGAUCUGUACAUCUGUUGAGGUCUUGAUUAA